GUCAUUUUCUCUCAUCAGGACCAGUUGCGACUAGACUACAGAGCGAGAAAGGCGAAACACUGCAAAUACUUUAGGCUACAGCAAAAAACAGUAAUCCGCUUGGUUGAAUCUCACGCAUACACUGGCGCUUGCUGACUGGAAUACACGCUUACACUGGGAAUAUCAGCGUAUUGUGUUGCUUGUUCUAGAUUCAAACCGCAGAUAAAAUAUAUAAACUUAUUUUUAAAGUCUAUUUUUUCAUGUUAGACUAUAUGCGGUCAAUGGGCUUUUUCCGUCGUCAUCUGUUGAAUAGACUACAGUGCUUUUUCUUUGCUUAUAUACUUUGAGUCGUGGUAUGCAACUGAAAUAAGGAGAGAUAAGGCUACUCCAUACUUACAAGACUUUGAAGCAAAGCAGUAGCUCUGCAGUGCAGUCCGUUUGGCCGAGGAGCAAAGUGGCUGCAUUGGCUUCGUUGAGCGGGCUAGUUCAGCUGUGUUGGUUAGGCUAUUUGUCCAACCAAGUGAGGACUGCGCGCGACAUGCGGGCUUUGGAGUCAAGCAUCAGAGGGCUCUAACCUAUGAAAAGGAGCCGACACCACGAAACCAUGAUGGGAUCCCUGAUGCGAGAUAGAUGGCUCAUGAUCCCAUUGUUGAUGCAGGGCUGGCUGCUAGCGUCUCCAAUCAGUGUUCGUGAGCGCCCCUGUCCUCAAAGCUGUAGAUGUGAUGGGAAAAUAGUAUACUGUGAAUCCAAUGCCUUUCGGGACGUGCCAAACAAUGUGUCUGUGGGAUGCCAGGGCCUCUCUCUGCGCUACAACAGCUUAGUGAAUCUCAACGCUAGUCAGUUCUCAGGCCUCAGUCAGCUUGUUUGGCUUUAUCUCGACCACAACUACAUUAACUCAGUGGACAGCCAAGCCUUCCAUGGGGUACGGAGGCUGAAAGAGUUGAUUCUCAGCUCUAACAAGAUCACACAGCUACAAAACAACACUUUCCAUACUGUCCCUAACUUACGCAAUCUUGACCUCUCUUACAACAAGCUGCAAGCCCUCCAGCCCAGUCAAUUUCUGGGCUUGCGGAAGUUGCUUAGUCUCCACUUGCGGUCCAAUUCUCUGAAAACUGUCCCAAUACGGGUUUUUCAGGAUUUGCGGAAUUUGGAGUUUCUCGAUCUUGGCUAUAAUCGUUUGCGAAGCCUCACUCGAAAUGCCUUUGCUGGGCUGCUCAAGCUGAUCGAACUUCAUUUGGAACACAACCAGUUCUCCAAGAUCAACUUCUCUCACUUUCCCCGCCUCACCAACCUGCGGGCACUCUAUUUGCAAUGGAACCGAAUUAAGUCAAUAAGCCAGGGUCUAACCUGGACAUGGACAGCCUUGCAAAAGCUGGACCUUUCUGGAAAUGAACUGCAAAUAGUGGAUUCCAGUACAUAUCAAUGUCUUCCCAACCUACAGACCCUGAACUUGGACUCCAACAAGCUUAGCAACAUGUCCCAGGAGACAGUGGAUGCCUGGAUCUCCCUGACCACCAUCAGCCUAGCUGGUAAUGUGUGGUACUGUAGCCCCAGCAUCUGCCCCUUAGUGGCCUGGCUGAGAAACUUUAAGGGGAACAAGGAGACCACUAUGAUUUGUGCUGGGCCUAAGGAGGCCCAGGGAGAAAAAGUGAUCGAUGCAGUAGAAACAUUUAGUAUCUGUAAGGUCACUCCCACCACCCCUUUUGUCUCAACCACAGCCUCCAUCAACACCCCAUCUCAGUCUGAGCUCCUGCCCCUUCCCACUUUGUCCAGGGUUGAUGAGGAGUUGACCCGCAGUGGUACGGCCAUCCCCUCCCCUUCUGGGGUCUCCCCUACCACCCCAGAGCAGGAUUUUGAGUAUGUAUCCUUCCAUAAGAUUAUUGCUGGCUGUGUGGCACUUUUCCUGUCGGUGACUAUAAUUCUCCUGGUUAUUUAUGUGUCCUGGAAGCGCUACCCCAGCAGCAUUAAGCAACUCCAGCAGCGCUCCAUGGUCAAAAAGCAGCAGAAAAAAGUGCAGGAAACAGAACGCACCCUCAGCUUGCCUCUGCAAGAGUAUUAUGUGGACUACAAACCUGCAAACUCUGAAACUAUGGAGGUGCUGGUUAAUGGGACUGGACCCUACACAUACACAAUCUCAGGAUCCAGAGAAUGUGAGGUAUGAUGCGUCACCCUCCUAAAAUCCAUUUCCACUGCGAGGCACGAGAGGUACCACAGCAGUUGAGUGCCCUGACGUUGUACAGGUAUGAGCAGCCCAUAGUGGACUAGUGCCAGGCCCGUGGGGCGCUGCACCUCAACAUGGGCUUUGAGCCCCCCUUGCAGCCACAGGGCUGUCUGAGGCCACCGGGUUGCAGGACAGGUCAUACUGCUGGUCUCCCCUCUGCGCCCACCGCCUCACUCACGCGCACGGAACCCCAGUCCCCCCAACAGUGACCUGUGCAGACGGGGAGACCAGACAAGCACUCCCCUCUCCAUCUGGGCUACUGAGCAUGGUGUUGCUACAGUACUGUAUACUGCUGCAGAUCGUGAGGGAGAACAGCUGCAAAUCUGUACUGAGGAAUAACAUUCUGACUGAAGAACCUGUUAUUCAUAGAGAGAAUUAAUUUUACACCAUCACUAAGAAAAAUGAAAAUAUUCAUUAAUGGAAAUUAGAGAGCACUGUUACAAGAUAGCAGAGCAUAUUUUACCCUUUGAUAUCCACUAUUACUGAAAAUAGUCCAAUACACUAUCACAUUCCUUCUGCUACUAAAAUGGUGUCCAGCAUCAUGAGGAGAAAUGGAAAUAAUUACAUGAUUCAUUACUCUCAUUGAACUUAUUGACUCAGUUGCUCACAGUUUUGGAACCUUCCCUGUGUUAAGUAAGUAAUUAAAUACAAAAUGCAAUAAAUAUAACUGGGGAAACAGUAGGGUGAGCAAUGGAAUAGCAGAACAAAUUAAAAACUAACAGAGCUGAAAGGUUUUGUGCUGCUUUUUCAAAUAACACUGCCAGUCAGAGAUCUUAUGCGUUUUCAAGUCCCCGUAGAGAUUUCAUCUCAAUAAGUGAGCCACUCAAAUUAAAUUAUUCACAAGGAGAAGAGAAAACUUGGUAAGUAAUGGGCACACUGUUUUCAUGUCAAGUGUACAGCUGACAUUUCUUUGCCAGAAGUAUGUAUUUUAAUGGAGAUUUUUAUUAUGUUAGUGAUUUUUAUGUUCAUUAUAAUACAAUGCAAUUUUGUCUUAUUUAUUUAGUACAAGGUGAGAAGUAGAACAUUGAUGAGUAAUAGGAACAUUGUUUUCAUGUCAAGUGUAGGCUACAGCUGACAUAUUUUGUCAGAAAUGCAUUGUUUGUACAGUAUUGUGUUGAUAUUGUUUAUAUUCAUCAUGAUCAUCCAUCGCAUUUUCAUGAUUAAUGAAAAUGUAUUUUAUAUUUAUGUUUUUAAAACAUGCCAAUCCUUAUUCUGAUUGUAAGAUCCUCUCUGUCUCUCACAUAUCAUGUGUACUUACUGAAAGGGAAACCUUUUAAUGUGACCUCAGAUCAUGGCAUUCACCAAGAGAUCAGCAGUGAACUCACUCACACUCUUAGAAAACAAAAGUGCUAUCUAGAACCUAAAAGGGUUCU